AUGGCUGCCUGCAGGGCUCUCGCAGUGCUGGCCUCCACCUGCCUUCUGCUGUUGCUGGGACACCAUCUGGUGUCCGCUUCUGCAAGGAGGACGGCCAGGAAUGUGCCGCUGCUCGUCUUCCCCAACGGCGGCACUUUCAAGUUUGUCGUAGGCAUAACGACGCCGGUGAAGCUGCCCAACCGCACCAUGGUGAUGCAGCUGCAGUUCCAGUGGCUGUACGCCGAGAUGACCAACAUCAGCCAGGCGGAGCAGGACCUGCAGGUGACGGUGGGGCGGGCGGCAGCCUACGGCGCCAUCUCCUCCCUCAUGGACGGCUUGGGUGUGGACGGCCACUCGUGCCUGCUGAGGGCGAUCUGCGAGGCCGCCGAAACGCCGCUACUGCACGACGGACUGCUCGGGGAGUUGGCACACCUGCUACUUUCGAUAGGCACGGACGGCCACGCGUGCCUGCUCAGGGCUGUCUGCGAGGCGGCCGAAACGCCGCUGCUGCACAACGGACUGUUUGGGGAGGUGGCGCACCUGUUGCUGACGUGA